AUGCUCCCAACUCGCGCCCUCUUUAGUCAAGCUCGUCUGACCCUUUUCACCCGAGCCGGUUGCGGGUUGUGCGACACGGCAAAACAUACAGUCGUUCAACUCCAGAAGCGUCGUCCUUUCGAAUACAUAGAGAAGGACAUUCAGGAACCCGGAAACAAGGCUUGGAAGGACGUCUAUGAUUAUGAUGUGCCUGUUCUUCAUGUGCAAUCCGUCAACAAUGGGCUGCCCAAGGAGGCCGAGCUCUCCGAUGCAUGGAAGUUAUUUCAUCGAUGGACAGAACAGGAGGUUGAGAAAUUGGUGGACGAGGCAGAAAAAUGA